AUGUCAUCUCAGAACAAAGCAAAAGGCAAGAAAACCAACAAAGGUUGUUGUGGUAUUGUGGCACGCACAGGAGACACCAGCGACUAUGCUUGGCGUUACAAAAAAUGGAAAAAGGUGGGAAAACUUAUCAAAUUUGCCUCUACAUCCUUCCACAACUGUCAUAAUUUUGUACAAGCAAAUGUUGAGAAAAUACGAAAGUACAACACUUUGGGUGAUUUAGAAGGAAUUGACACUACAGACUAUGUUGGAGAGAGAAUUGAGUUGAUUGCCACUAGCUACUAUGGUUUGAAGGGUGUAAUUAGCAAAAUACCAGAUUCACCAGUCAACACUGAAAUAGCUUUUUACGAUUUUUAUUUUGGGGAGAAUGGUGCAACUACUUGGACAUCGUUUUGGCACGGUGUAGAUAUUACAAAGUUGAAUAGCCUUUACAAAAAUAUUUAUAAUAGUGUUAUCCUUGUUGAUGGAAAUGUUUUGGUAGAAGAUGUUGAAGCUUUAGUAAAUCUGUUUGCUAACCAAGAUGCUAAAAAUGGUUGGGAGGGGAAAAGAAAAUUUCUUACAGCUAUAAGAGAAGUUGAAAAGAAAUACGAAACUCUUGAGAAAGAUAUCAAAACAAACAAGAAGGACUUUGUUCAAAAAAGAGAAACCUCACUUGUUUCAUGGUACAAUCUUGCGUUCGGUGCUGCUAUCAGUUUGUUAAUUGUAAUGACCACUCUUAGUGAUCUCAUUCCCUUCGACACUUUGUCAGGGUUAGGAAUUGACAAACAAGGCCCUAUAGGUAUCUAUCCAAGCUACUUCAGCAGAAAUGAUACUACUCAGUAUACUGAUCAUAAUCAAAACUUCAGAGAUAGCAAAAUAUUGGCUUCUAUAGUCGAUAUUUUAAAUUCAAGCUUUUUCAAAACAGGUUCAUAUGCAGCCUUUUUGACAAUUAUGGAUGCCAUGUUAAAUUCAAUCAACAAUAAGAGUAUAUUGAUUAAUAGUGAUACCGUUACAAAUGUUCUCGAGGUUACAUUUAAAUUCAUUACUUUUAUUACCAUUAUCUUAAACAUUGCCAUUGGUAUCAGUUUUAAUACAGCCAUUAAUUUAAUAGCUCCAAAUGAAUACCUAAAGCUCAUGCUUGGUGCAUUUUGGACUCAAGUUGUUGGUAGUAUUUUGUUUAUGCUGUUUAUACCUGCAUUCGGUUGUUUUAGAAUUUUAAUGAAUAGACAAUUUAGGAAGGCAAAAAACCAAAAGAAAAGAAAAUACUACAGCUAUCACAAUACCAAAACACACAGCAUUCAAAAUGUGAACUAUAGUGUGUUAUUUACAGAGCCUGUUAUUCAAGCAUCUAACUCCACUGAAGAAAUUGAACUUCAACACAGAGAAAUUGGAAAUAGACAGCAUGAGCUGGAUGUUGCCAUCACCAAGCUUAAAAAUGAACCUCAAAAACAAGCAAUUGAGAAAUGGAAAAGUUGGCAUUGGUUGGAACUAGAAAAUGAUUUAAACAGAACUUAUUGA